AUGCUGUUGAUGAUCAUCAGUAAAUUGUAAGGUAUAAAGCCUAGUGUCUCAACACCACUAACAGCUCGCAGGCCAAGCGAGAACUCAGCUUCAAAUACAACUAUCAAUCUACUUACUAGGAGGAACUCAGCCUGGAUCAGAUAACUAGGAGGAGGUGGCAAAACAUCUCAUCAGAAUAGAACCUUGCUUCAGAUAAAUGAUCAUUUUCAAGAGGACACUUCAAAUACUACCUAAGAUAACAUAAGCGUAAUGAACCAUAAUCUAAGCCAGAGACCAUAGGACCAACUAAAUUCUUAAUAACUAAUGAGGCACACUAUUUCUGGGAAAUAGUUUAAACUUAACUUGAAUUAGAUGCUCAGACCUUAGAGUUAAAAUUAGAUGCUCCCAUUAAAAAAGAAAGUAGAUAUUGGACUUGAAAGUACCAGUAAACUUUGCAAGCUAGCAGAUAGAGCAAAUUCUCAUGAAAUGCAAUCACCAAUUUCAAAAUAGUCUGAUAAUAACAACAUCAAUACUAUUACCUCAUAGCAAAAAUAAUAGGUCUUAGACAAGCCUCUACCAGACGUAGAUUAUGAUGAAAUAAAAACCCUUAUACAGGAGGCAAAGAAAGGAUCUUUAACUGCUAGAGAGCAGUUAAGUGACUACCGAGCCAACCUAUAUUUCCAAAGGUUAAAGUAGCAAUUCAAUCAAUAUAAAAAUGAAGCUAGUGAAACCAGAAAAUCAGACCUUAGAGACAGUUUACUUAAUAUCGGACUCCUAAAUGAAGAGACUAAUUAGUCAUAAUUAGAGGAAAAUGAGAAGUUACAUACUAAAAUGAAGAAGCUCUUUCUCAAAGGCCUAAAAAAGCAAAAUAAAAGUUAGCUAAAGAUUGGCCAGUUAACUAAGCCUUAAGUUAACAAAUUUAUAGAUUUUUCUUAGUUUCAGAACUAAGCUUAAAAAAAGAAGAGGAAGCAUAAAUCUAAAACCUAGACUAUUUUUGAUGUGGAUUUAGAGAUUGAUGAUAAGAGGAUCAAUGAUAUGAAAAGGCUUUUGGAAAAGAAAGAGUAAAAACUGCUUAAGUAGCUUGAAAAAAUUAGGACUUAAAAGGAAACUACUGAUAUUGUUAAACCUUCCACUGCCUACAAGAAGUUUAUAGAUAAUGAUAACUUUCAAUUCCUCCGAAAGUAUUCAAGAAUUGAAGGCAAUUAAAUUAGUGGUACUGCAAGUAGUGGAUUUGGAGGAAAGGUUACUGCAGGAAAUGAGAGUUCAAGGGGUAGAACUCAGUAUUUCCCUGACAUUGGAAGAAGUAGUAACCAAAGAAGCCCAGAUUAAUUUCAAACUCCUCGUGGCAAUUGA